GAGAAGGGGGCAUGGGGACCGCGGCAGAAGCAGCCCUGCUGUGUAGCACGGUUGCGCGCGAAAUUCUUUUGUGUUUGUCGGUGGAAGACCUCUUCAACUGUGCACGAUAUGAUCCGCUGUGGGAAGAACUCGCCCUACCACUACUCAGCAAGAGGCUUCGGUUCUUCCUACUCUGCGAGGACAAAAUUGACCCUCCCUUUGUGAGCAAGACGUUCACUACUGAGCUACGGUCCCGCCUGCGUAUUGCAGAGAGAGCAUCUCGGAGUCCUGCGCUAGCGAUUGCUUUCUGCUCAGGCACACGUUAUGAUACCAGCAGCCUGAGUUCCAGUUUUCCCGAUGAAGUUAGCGUCGUCCGCAUCGACGUGCGAUGUCCCAUCUGGGUUCAGCAGCACGGACUCGAGGAGCGCCAGGCGGCCUGCCUGUGCCUUCUCGUCUUGUACGAAGUGCCCGGUGCCAUAAUUGAGUGCGAGUGGUCACCGUUUGUCGCCUGCAGACGUCCGGCUGCCAAGGCAGCUCUGUUCAACCGGCUCAGGAGAACGAUGCGACCGGACUGCUUCGAGCCGACGUACCAUCACCCGACCGAGAACUGCCCAGUACGCUUCGCUCUUUACGCUACCAGCGCCUUCUCCAAGACAGUGUUCAAAAACUCGCAGCGCAUGGACCGGAUGGCCAGCUGCGUCUUGUGGACCUCGUGCCUCAGAGUCCUCAGCCCUCCCUCUCGAAGCCGCUUCCUACCUCACGCCUACUGGGGCGCCAUGAUUUUCGGCGAAAGCGUCCGGGCGACGACCGUCAAAUUCAGAGAGCGCACGGCGCUGCCUCGAAUGUACGAACACCUGGAAGACCUGCGGUGCGCGUUCGGCGACCUCGAGGGCGCCCUGGUCCUUGUCCUGCAAGAGAAUGACCUGAGCACGUUCGUGAUGGAAGCGGUGUGCAACAUCUUCGCCGGUGCCACCGCGAUCGUGGGAACGUCGUGCGGGCUAAGCCUGGACGAGAACGUCUUCGUCGCCACCGAACCGCACGAAGCCUCUGGAGCUUCGAUGUGCCUCAAAAGUCCAGUCGUGGUUGCCCUCCUGGACACUUUUAAGACGUAGCUUUCGUUUUUAUUCAUCAGCAUUACGAUUCAUAUAUGCCUACUUCAGGCGUCUUCUGUCUCCCGAGUGCAGCAAGAAUUCGUCAUUUUUGGUGCCCCCCCCCCCAUUUCAAUGAAUAGGUCUCCUGAAUGCUGGAAAAUUAUUAACUUGGCACUCUCCUGCGAAAUUCUUGUGGGCCUGGUCCUCUGGAAACAUUUUUGUAAAAUCUUGUAACUGUGUCAAUUGCAUAAGUUCUACAGAAUGCACUUCUUUUGUUCUUCA